AUGUCAUCAUCACUCGUUUAUGAAACAUUGAAAAUAAGUCAACCAAAGCCUCAUGUAUUUCUUGUUGAACUCAAUCGACCGAAGAAAUUGAAUGCUAUGAAUGAACAAUUAUUCAAUGACUUGAAAACAUGUUUUGAACAAUUGAACAAACACGAUGAAUGUCGAGCUAUUGUAUUAACUGGUAAUGGUCGAGCGUUUAGUACCGGCAUCGACAUAAUGUAUUUGUCCAAUGCUGCUGCUGAAUCUGUUGAAAUUGAUGAUGUAGCACGAAAGGUUUUGCAUAAUCGUAAUAUGAUACAACGAAUACAAGAAUGUUUACGAGCAGUAGACAGAUGUGAAAAACCAAUCAUAGCUGCAAUUCAUGGUUUUUGUCUCGGUGCUGGUAUUGAUCUCAUCGCUUGCUGUGAUAUUCGUUAUAGUUCAAGUGAUACAACGUUUUCUAUCAAAGAAGUUGAUAUGGGUUUAGCAGCUGAUGUUGGUACUCUUCAAAUUUUGCCAAAAUUUGUUACGAAUCAUAAUAUCUUUCGUGAACUUGUUUAUACGUCACGAAAAUUCGAUACAAACGAAGCACAACAGAUUGGAUUGAUUAGUCGUGUAUUUGAUACCAGUGAAGCUAUGCUCGAUGCAGCGAUGUCUUUAGCACAUCUUAUUGCUCAAAAAAGUUCGAUAGCUGUACAAGGCUCAAAAGUCAAUUUGAAUUAUGCACGUGAUCACAAUGUAGAUGAUAAUUUUACUUUUGUACGGACAUGGAAUAGUGGUAUGUUAUUGACUGAAGAUAUUGUCAAUAGCAUUAUGGCAACACCAGUAUUGAAAGAAAAGAGUAAAUUAUGA